UGUUUUAUAGAAGUAUGAACUUUCUUAGAAAUAAAAAUCAGUCAGCUGUUGUCAUACAGUAAAAGUAUAGAGGUAUGCAGUAAAUGUGGAAAGCAGCUGAGAUUAUUUGAUCUUGAAUAAGAAAUGAGUUUAUUUUAAGAUCUUUGGCUUUUCUUUGCAGGUAUUUUGGCAAAUCUGAGCACAGUUUGGGACAUCACUGACAUUUCCUCUGAAACUGGGGUCUUCUUUGCUCUCACUUCAAUCUCAUUGCUCUCUUGGAGAAAGGAUUGAAUUGGCAAAGAGUUUUGUGGCUUGUCUGCUUUUAUUUAACUUUCAUAUGUUAGUCUACACUGGACGAUCAGCAAUUGCUAAUAAAUUUUACAAUUAAUUGUAAAGAAACAGCAAGUUUUGAAUGUGAAAUUUUGCAAUAAAUAUAAAACAGUAUUAUCUUCUAGAAUGUCCUGCAACUAUCUGUUUUACUACUUCAAAAAUAUGAUUACAUUGUACUUAUAAAAGUUGAAAGUUUACAUUCUUUUUUUUUUAGAGGAAAUAUUGAUGACAUCAUCCUGCACUGCAUAUUUUUGUCCAAUACAUUGCUCUCUUGAAAGAAAGCCCCUCCCCCUAGAUUUUAAAUAUGACCUCUUUAUGACUUGGAAUAGCAACUAGCAUAUUGAUGUUUGAUGUGUCUUCAUUGGUUGCUUUAUUAAUUUAUUCAUUAAUUGUUUAUUCAGUGAUUGUGAAGAAACUGACUUUUGAGGCCUAUGUCCCGCUCCAACUUCCUGUUUCAAGGGGAAGUAUGUCAAACUUAAGAAAACAGCUCUUCAUUUCAUUUAGUCAUUUGUGAUAUUUCUUUCUGACAGGAAUUACUCGCUUGAAGAGUUGCAAAUUGAAAUGGAGCUGCACCUGAAAGAAAUAAUGGCAACAACGCAGUUCAGGAGGACAGAACGUGUGGUGCACAGUAUUUCAUUAAAACACCUCAUAAUUUAUCUCUCAGCACUUCAAACUCAAGACAAGCAUGAAGUAAUAAUGAAAAACCAAAGAACUGAUCGGGUCAGUGAUGCUCAGACAGACAGUGGAGCACUUGGAUGGAGGCUUCGUCGCAGUGUGCAGCGUUCAUUCCUGACGUGUCUGUCUACAUCUGAACCCACCACAGGACUGGACGAACGGGGACUAUAUAACUUACGACCGAAGACUUUAUCUGAUAUGGAUACGCGUGCAGUACCGCAUUAAUUAAAGAGGGGGACGUUUUAGUGAUGCCAACAUCCAGAGAUCAUCUGUGUUGUCGUUAACCAGCGCGCGUGGUGAAGUUGGAUUGCGGAUCGCUCAUUGUACCGAGCUUGAAACACAACCCGAGCCGUUUUGACACCGCGGAUGUGUCUAUGUUGUGUAUGGAUGUGAAGAGAUUCUCUUUACAUCGAGCGAUGCGUUUCUGUCGUCUCUGACACCUCACGGGGAUGCAUGUAAAUAAAUGACAUUAGUUUAUCGUUUUCAUCACGCUUGUUUUUAUGUACAUUUAGCUGAUUCGACUGGACGGAGAAUGAAUUGACGGUACUCGCGUUUGCAACUACGGACUUGUUUUAGUGAAGAUCCAGAGGACUUCGGAGGAAUAAGAGCUGAUAUAGCCAGUAAACAUUUGUAUUUUUGGAGUUGAGUUCUUCAGACUGUUCUUUUAUCGCUAGUUGUGCUUCAUGUGGUGAUAUCUAACUUCAAAGGUUUUAUUUAAGUCAGAAAUGUUGUUUGAUAUGACUGAAUCAAUCUGAAUACACUGCAUCAUUAUUAAAGGUUGGAGCGAGUACAAAUAGGUCCCAUUUAAGUUUAAAUAUCAGAAACUUGCUAAAAACGCUCAAGGACCUUUGGGAAGAUGUUGAAUGGAUUGUUGUAACUGCUUUCUAAUGUAUACAUCGUGUCAUUAGGUCUAUCUAUGCACCUCCUCAUAAAGAUCAGCUGACCAUCUAAGGGCGUGAAGUUCUUCAAACCUUCUAAAUAUCUGCGCCUGCUUCAUUCAAGAGCUUUUAUAAACUUAAAGAACCAUGGAUAUUAAAACCGAGUCUGACGACAAUCUGGACUGUGAUCGGCCCGCGCCCAUCGAAGUUUUUGCCAGCAGGUCCACGCUCCAUGGCAUCUCCCACAUGUUCAGUUAUGAACGCCAGUGCAUCAAACGAUGCAUCUGGAUCAUGUUUUUCAUGGGUUCGUUUUCGUUCCUGGUGCUUGUUUGCGUGGACCGCAUCAAGUUUUACUUUCAGUACCCCCAUGUUACCAAGCUGGACGAGGUCACAGCACCAAUGAUGGCGUUUCCUGCCAUUACCUUCUGCAACCUGAACGCUUUCCGCUUCAGCCGCGUGACGCGCAACGACCUGUACCACGCGGGUGAGCUGCUCGCGCUGUUAAACGGCAGGUAUGAGAUCCGGGAUACACACUUGGUGGAGGAGAGCGUUAUGAUGACCCUGAAGGAUAAGGCGGACUUCUCCAACUUCAAGCCCCGUCCCUUCAACAUGCGCGAGUUCUACGAUCGAACGGGCCACGACAUUAAGGAAAUGCUGCUGUCCUGCUACUAUAGAGGAGUCGAAUGCAGCGCCGAAGACUUCUCAGUGAUCUUCACACGCUACGGAAAAUGCUACACCUUCAACUCUGGACAGGAUGGACGGCCACUGCUGAUCACCAUGAAAGGAGGAAUGGGAAAUGGGCUGGAGCUGAUGCUGGAUAUCCAGCAGGACGAGUAUCUGCCCGUGUGGGGAGAGACUGAUGAGACGUCUUUCGAGGCUGGAAUCAAAGUCCAGAUCCACACGCAGGAUGAACCGCCUUUCAUCGAUCAGCUGGGAUUCGGAGUGGCUCCAGGCUUCCAGACGUUCGUCUCCUGCCAAGAACAGCGGCUGACGUAUCUUCCUCCUCCAUGGGGCGACUGUAAGGCAACACCCAUGGACUCUGAUUUCUUCAGCACAUACAGUAUCACCGCCUGCCGCAUCGAUUGCGAGACACGCUAUCUGGUGGAGAAUUGCAACUGCCGCAUGGUCCACAUGCCCGGAGAUGCUCCAUAUUGCACUCCGGAACAGUAUAAGGAAUGUGCAGAUCCGGCUCUAGAUUUUCUGGUGGAGAGAGACAAUGACUACUGCGUUUGUGAGACGCCCUGCAACAUGACGCGCUAUGGCAAAGAGCUGUCCUUUGUCAAGAUCCCUAGCAAAGCCUCGGCCAAAUACCUGGCCAAGAAGUUCAACAAGACGGAGCAGUACAUCGCAGAAAACAUCCUGGUGCUGGACAUCUUCUUCGAGGCCCUGAACUAUGAGACCAUCGAGCAGAAGAAAGCCUACGAGUUAGCCGGCCUUCUUGGUGACAUUGGCGGACAGAUGGGGCUGUUCAUUGGGGCCAGUAUCUUAACCAUCCUGGAGCUCUUUGAUUAUCUAUAUGAGGUGAUCAAGUACAAACUGUGUCGCUGCGCCAAGAAGAAACACCAGCGGAGCAACAACAACGAGCGAGGAGCCGUUCUCAGCCUAGACGAUGUGAAGCGUCACGCUCCAUGUGAAAACCUGCGUACCCCGUCAACCUACCCAGCCAACAUGCUACCUCACCAUCCUGGCCAGGGCAACUUCGAAGACUUCACCUGUUGAGUGUAAAGCAAGAACGGCGUGUCUGACAGAGAACAACCAAAGCUGACCACAUCAGUACGGACCCCAUUCACAACCGGACAUUACAGAACAACCUGGAUCUGCUAAACACUGGAAAACCACCAUGUCUUGAGAUAUAUCCAGACAUCGGAGGAAUGGUACAGAACGACAAAGUCUAUUUUCACUAACACGUUCCAUUGAAAACUUUUGAUGUUUUUUGAACAUUUCAAGGAAAUACUGCCUCAAAAAUGAAACUCCUUGAAGCCUAAGAAAUGACACGUUACGUGACUUGGACAUCGAAUAGCUUUCCGCAGCUGGACCCUGAUGCCUUUUGUGUACAUAGUGACGGCUCUAAACUGUCUUAAGACCAGUGGCUUAUGUAGGUCAGUAGAUAAAUAUAGCGCUUAUUCACUGUAUGUAGCCUCAUUAGUCCCAUCUGCUGGAUCGAUUCAGCCUCAGUGUAUCUCAGAAUGUAACUUCCAGAAAAAGGUGACCAUUACAAGCAUCAAGGAGGGUGGGGGGGGAGUUUUGGGACGCUGGAGGGUUCAGGUCCCAUAUGACAUUGUGUUACAGGUCUCAUCUUGUAAAUGCAUGCUGGUCGUCCUGUGCAUGUUUUUAGUUUUAUUUAGAUUUCAUUAUUACUAUCGCCAAGUUUGCCUCAAUUAUUAUAGAAAUGUUGGAAGAUGGUGUAAAGUUUUUUUUUUGUUGUUUUUUUUUGUGUGUGUGUGUGUGUGUGUGUGUGUGUGUGUGUGUGUAUGUGUGCAUGCACAGAUUUUGCUGUUCUUGUGGGGAUGAAGUUUCUUAAUGACCCCAGAAGAAUAGCAAGCUGACAAAAGCACCUUGUGAGAACCUUUCUAUAAGGAUACAAAAGUUUUUAAAAGAAACUAAAUGUAUAAAUUCAUAUCUAAAAAUGCAAAGUUAUUUUAAGUUUAAGAUUAGUCUGUUGUAUAAUUAACAUAUUUGACUAACAAAAAAUGUAAAUGAGACAUCCCCAAAAUUAUACAGCAUCCCCUAAAGAUAUUAGGACACUUAAAUUAUUCUUUCAAAUGUGUGGGAUUUGUUGCAUUAGAUUGCACAUCUAAAACACUGCCGGAUUUAGGUGAUUUUUAGUGGAUCUAUAAAGCUUGUUUUUCAUUUUCAAGACUACUGCAACAAAAUACUUUUUGUGAAAUGGUUUGUCACCUAAUUUGAUAUUUUUUGCCCAACAAAAUUACAUUCAGACAUUUGUAAGUCUAACAAAGGAUUAGCUUUCUUCAGUCGAAAAGAAAUUAAGGUUUUAGAGGAAAACAUUCCAGGAUUUUUCUCCGUAUAGUGGACUUCAAUGGUGGCCAACAAGUUAAAGGUCCAGAUUGAAGUUUCAGUGUAACUUUAAAGGGCUCUACAUAAUACCAGAUGAGGAAUAAGGGUCUUAUCUAGGGUGUUUUGACUUUCUUUGCACUUUGCCUACAUCAUGUGUGCGUGAUUACGUAAUUCGUGAGGUCGAGCUAGUGCGAGAUGAGCAUUUGUGGUUAAAAAAAUAUAAACUUUACUUUUUCUUUAAGAAAUUGACCAAUUGUUUCGCUAGACUGGAAUUGUGUAGAGCCCUUUGAAGCUGCACUGAAACUGCAGUUUGGACCUUUAACCCAUUGGCCACCACUAUAUGGAGAAAAAUCCUGGAAUGUUUUCCUCAAAAACCUCAAUUUGUUUUCGACUGAAGAAAGAAAGACAUAAACAUCUUGAAUGGCAGGGGUGAGUAAAUUAUCAGGAAAUUCUGUUCUGGAUGUGAACUAAUGCUUUAAGUGUCCAAAUGCUUAGGGCUAAUAAUUGUUUAUGUGUGCAUGAAAGUGUGACUGAACACGAAUGUUUGUAACAAAUGUUUCAUCAUUUACGUGGUGUUGCUGGUCUGUUCCUGGACGAAAGUCUUUCUGGGAUCAGGAAUGUAACAGACCAAAGAGUUUGUAUCACUGGAUGGACCAGAUCAACCGCUCGGAGAGCACACCACUCAUGAACGCUAACUACUGUAGUUGUGCGUACGUAAGUGCGUAUGUAUGUACGCGUGUUUGUUUGUGUGAGACUGUUAUUUUUCCGUCUUUAUUUAGAACUGAACUGUGCAUUUUACAACUUAUUGUUUAUUUGAAUUCUGUACUUGCCGAGCCGUAUUUGUUAAUGUUGCAAACUUCAUAUCAAAGCACAAACAAGACCACCGAUAUGUAAAGGUGAUGUUAAAGAAUGAUAAAAUAUUCUUCUCAGUGUUAUCAUAAUCAGCAGAUUCAUUAGUGCUCUUAAUCUUUACUUUUUUGUUUUUUGUUUUUUUUUUUUUUUAACAAACAUACAUAUUGCCUGAUAGUGCAGUCGGCAGAUAAUAGGCUGUUCUAUUUAUCUAUGAAGGUAUAAUAAAUAUCAUUCAGAAUUUUA